AUACGUCAACAAAACAUGAACGUGCGAGGGACCAGUAGCACACAGUUGCGAUACUUGGGCUGAGGUGGUUGGUCGCAUUAAAAGCGCGUCCGUCCAGACGAUUUCGUGGACUUAAUAGUUUUAGCAAACGUUCAACAACAGUUCAUGCGGUUUCCUCCGUGCUGGGAACUUUGUCUGGGAGUGACGUUUACGGGAUGGGGCGGUCGCGGGCGCCGGCGGCGGGCGCGCUGCUGCUGCUCCUGCUGCUGCUCAUGAAGACCUCCGCGCUGCGCCCGGAGGCGGCCGGCCAUAUGGGCUGGCGGCUGCCACAGGAGGGGGCGCCGGCCGCCGCGGGCGUCGCAGGGGGCUCCCUGUCCGCCGUCGCCUCUGAUCCGGAAAGAGUGGCGCGCCACCUGUCAGGCGUGCCCGACGGCGGCGAGGGCGGCGCGGAGCCGCAUCGCGUGCGUCACGGCAAGGCGCGCCACCACCAGCACCAGCACCAGGGCCGCCCCGCCCCCACCCCCGCCGCCCCCGGCGCGCCGACCGCAGCCGCGGCCGCAGCUGCCGCCACCGCCGCCCCGGUCGCCGCCGCCGCCGCCGCCGCGCCCGACGUCGACACCGGCUCUGACGCGGCCACCACCACCGCCUACAUCCACGAGCCGGGGGAGCAGCGCGCCGUGUCGGGGGCGUGCUACGGCGGCAGCGAGGUGCUGCUCGUGGUGGCCGCCACCUGCGCCGUCAACCUCACCUUCAUGCUCGCCGUGCUGGCCAUCGUCCUCGCCUGCAACAGGCACUCCAAGCCAGACCCCGACUGGAACGCCGCCAGGGGCAGCCCGCCGCCGGUGGUGGUGAAGGGUGGCGGCGAGCGCGCGGGCGACCGCAGCUGCUCGUACAGCAGCGUGCAGCAGUACGUGGACUCGCUGCCCGUGGAGCUGGAUGCGCCCGGCUCGCUGCUCAGCCUGCACUCGCUGGGCCGCGACCGCGCCGCCUCCGCCGCCCCCUCCGCCCACAGCGGCAGCCCCCGCACCGCCGCCGCCUCUGCCGGGGGGCCCGCCGCCAGCUUCUCCAUGGAGGACCUGCUCUUCCUCGACUGAGCUUCUUCUGCCGUCCGCCGCUGCCGCUGCUGCUGCUGCUGCCGCUCAUCCCUCUCCACUUUGCUUUGCCACCAUAUUCACGCUACCACUGGUUCCCUAUUGUACCAUUUUCCGCUCGUGUGCGAAGUACUUGUUCCCGUUUGCUACGCCUCCUUUUUCUCUUAGCCCACGUAAUUUAGCGUGCACGGAAGAAGAAUAAAUACUAAAAGCGAUUUUUUUCCGGAAAGCUUACAGAAUUUGUUUUCUCGAACAGUAAAUAUAUCUUGAGAAUUCUGCUUUGAGCGAAAGACAUCAUUUGUUUUUCUUUCCAUACCUAUACACAUUUCUGUGGUAUUGCACCGUACUCAGUGAGGAUCUCUGUAUUUUACUUAAGAGAGCGUUUUGUUCACAUCCAGAUAAUUACUCCGCAGUUCACACUUACGUAUUUGGCAGAGGAUGCGUACAAACACUGACCGAAAAGUACAUCCGUCAACUUUACGGUCAACUAAUAUGCUUGGAAAAACUAAAGAAUAACAUACAUCGACAUGUCUCCACCAUUCUGUUCCGUUCUGUUUCUUUUGUUACUGUACUGAAGAAGACAAACAGGAACAAGGCAAUAUUAACAAUAGUCCAUGUGAAAUCUGAAUUAAAACUGGAGCCUUUUCCAGUUCAUAACGGAGUUGGUACAGCAGCCAGUAUGUCUAUUUGAAGAAACAAGCAGUUUUGGUUACAGUGUUAAUUUUUUUAAAUUAUUUCCCAAUGACGAUUUUCACCUUUAUUUAUGCAUCUACAGAUUGGCUGUUAUUUGGUAGCUAUGGGUGGGAUACCACGCAAAAAAUAUCCCAGCAGGUAAAUGUCCAAGCCUUAAAAACACUGCACGACGUCCUUAUAACGGGUUGUGGUGCAGUCUACCGAAAGACGUCAGGCCUACAUUAAAACUUUACAUCACAAAUAUGCCGGAGGUGCAGUUCACAUUUUGGUCGCACACAUCAUAUUUGCUUAAAACCAGUUCACAUCCAGUGUGAUGCGAGCAACCAGAAGAUGCUCUACACCGCCGGUGUUUCUAUAACGUAAAACUUUACUGUAGACCUUGUCGCAUUUUGUUUGCGUUGGAGUAGGCCACAUGCCUUAAUAAGGACACCACGUAGUGUUUUUAAGGCUUGGGGAUUUUCUUGCUGGGGUAUUUCAUGCGCAGUAGCCCACGUACUCAGCGCUACCAAAUGUCAGCCACGCCGGAGAUGAAACACAUCAUUGGGAAAUAAUAAAAAACCCUGCAACUAGGACGGCUUGUUUUUCCAUAAUAAAAAUUGAGGCUUCGAAUGUAAACACAAUCUUUCUCGUCAGCGGAUGACUGUACGCUGGGAGCGCUGUCUUUUUUUUUACAGUGGAGCUGAAGUUUGUGGCUGGUUUUGUGAUGUCGCUUACAGUUCUAACUUCUGUUGGCGGUGACGUAGGCCCGAGGAUGGGAUUUCCAUGCACAAAUACCGAAAAUCAGUAAUGCGGCGCUAAGCUCCUCCUUCCACCACCUAAUCCGUUUGAGGGGCCGACGUAAGAGAUGGUUUUUCAUUGUUCGUACUUUUAAAUCUGAUCUGAUGCUGUGUAAACAGCAACAAGAUUUGACACAAAGAUGCCACCCUGAAAAUCUUCGAUGCCGUAACAAAAUAUACCGUUAAGUAAAAUGAAGGAUGUUGAAAUAUCAUCGAAGGAUGCAGGGGCAUACUUAGCAUCUGAGCCUAGGGAGGAGGGGUGGCAACAACAGUUCGUUUUCGUUUUGUUCUGAACGACAAUAUAGUUUUGAAAUUGCUUGGCAGAUGCCUCUAGCUACACUAACUAUUAGUAUUCAUUAAUUUUUUUUUCUUCGAACAUAGUGAAUUUAUCUGCCCAUGUUGUUUGGUGGGACAGGAUUCGGGUUCGGUUUCAGAAAGCAUUUUUGUAGGGUCAGGGAGAAGGGACAGGUGUCCUUGCUGCUCAUCACUGGGAUCUUUCUUGUAUGAAUGAACAGAGAAAAUCGAGAAAUCAUGUUUUGAUCAAGGCAGAAAUCUCAACAACGGAAAAGAUUUGAGAAUGAAUCCGAUUACUUCGUAGUGUAUCUGGAAAUGCCCUUUAGGCAGUUACUCUUAAGGACUUCUGUAACAGUGACCCCCUGCUGCCCGAGGACUGCAACUCGCAUACCACUCACCUGCAGUGUUUGCUGAGCGAGCACCUCGACAACUACAGCGUACGCUUCCUGCUCUACAUUUGCAAUAGUUGCUGCACGAACACGAAAAAAAAUUCGACUUUCCCACGCAUAUCAAGGCGUUGGCCUUUCCAGCGGUAUUGCCGUCACUACUGCGAUUAAAGAUGGCCGCCUUUCACUUGACAGAUACCACACACCGUCUGUAAGAAGACCCUGGGCGACGUGACAGAGUAACUGAAUCAAUAGAAAUCGAUGUAAACAGACUGAUAUGUAAUGUUUUCCAGUCGCUACCAAUUUCAGCCAGCAAAGAACAGUGUCCACUACGUACAGCAUCUCAUUGAAUAAGAGUUUUUCUUUCCCAGUCACCCAAAUUAUUCAGUCAGCAAGACUCUGCGGGCGCUUCUCCUUUCGCAGACGUAGGUGGCCUAAACACUGUGUCACCUGCUAACCUAACGCUGGCAACUACCAAAAAACAACUAAAAUCGGUCGAUCUGAUUAGCUUUUCAUAGAUGCGGCUACUCCUAUCAGCCACCUCGAAUAGAAUUUCCGUAGAGUAUGCGUAUACUAGCUGCACGUACUCCUGUUGACUCCACCCUACUAGUCUAGAAGUGCCGAACGUGAACACGGACGGAGAAACAUCAUAGAGAACAAUAAAGACUUUCAUUACGCAGUACCUCGUAUCGCAAACAUCAGGCGUUAACUUUUUAGCGUUUGUUUUUUAAUUUCAGUUAAGGACAUUUUUAUUAUAUUAUCAAACUUACAUUAUUAUUACUGUUGACAGGUCAUAGUACAGUGGCAGAGUUAAGUAACUGAAAUAACUACUUUUCUGGUAGUAGUCACAGUUUAUUUUAUUUUCACUUCGCAUUUCAGAAAUUGAAUCCUCUCUCAUCAGGUCGAUUCAUAUGAGUUAAUACGACAUGUUUUUGUUGUGUUUAAAUUCAACCGACGAUAGAUGUUUGGACAUCUGAAGUGCGUAGUGGAAAUAAAUUGUCACUGGUAACUGUAAACCCUUUUCAAUCGCUGUUAAUAACACCAACGUUAAAGCCUAAAAUAUAUGCAUUUAAAAAUACAAAGAUACGUUUGAUAAUAUUUCUUUAUCUUAAGGCCUAAAGCUAGUAACUGACAAGAGCUGGACACACACGUCGGAAGACAGAUCACUGAGGCUGUGUGAAAUGGAACAGCUAUGUCAUGUAGAUAACUAUAUAUUCUUAGUGUCAUGGUGCAGUGCGGAGCUGCUAAAAUUGUCCUAGAAACGAACACAAGAAGGCUCUCUGUAGGCCAACAGUAACAACAACCACCUCCACCGACGACGACGACGACGGCGGUUGUGAUCACAAUUCCCAUCAAAAGAGUUAUUUCGCGAGGAUUUCAUAUUGAUUUCGAUAUUCUGUGCAAAAUCCAGUUAUGUAGAGGAAACUAGGUUACGAUAUGGGAAGAAGGACCUAAAGGUAAUUGUCCCAUUUGUUCUGUAUGUAUGCUAACGAGACAGAGUUUCAGUGUUUGAACAGGGUGAUUCAAAGUUGCAAUCUGAAUACUCAUAGAGCAGUUGAGUCGCGGAUAUGCGCUGUUGUGAACUUGCAUGAAGUAGGAGUUACUAACUUUACAGCUCUGAAGAGCUCUCGGAAGCUACCGAGAGAGAGAGACACGACUACCUUAUUAAUGUAUAUACAAAAGUAUGUAGGUAGAAGACAGCAUUGUUUCGGAUAUAGCGUGGUCUGUAAAUUUUGAAACGUGAUCUUUAUUUCUUUGCGAAGCUUAAGCUGCUCAUACAGAAAAUACGGGCAGGAUUAACGAGCAGGCCCAUUAGUAAGCUAAGAAAUAUAUUAUAUAAAAGCAGUAAUUGCAUCAGUUAACUGUCUCAUGGGUUCUUGGCAGAACAUUUUAUACGUUCUGAAUGAAAAAAAAAAGAAAGAGACUGGUGUAAUAUUCUGCAGUAUUUAUUAUUUUCAAACCAAUUGUUGGCGGUUACAUCAUCGUCAGGUACAAAGAUAAACAUGCGUCUACGAGAAAUUUUUAUGGCAUCAAACAUUUCAUAAUAGUAGUAAACUACAGAAUAUCUCAGUUGGCUCCCAAGAUGUCAGUUGUUAAUUUUUGAUUAAAGCGAGAGGGAUUAUUUCAGUAAAAAUGGGAUGUAAACUAUUUAGGUUAGGUAAGAUAUGCGGCACAUUAAAUGCUGAACCACAUGAUAAAUUACAACAAUUGCUCUAAGAGGAAAAAUAUAGUAACAGUUAGAGACAUGUUCCAACGGGAUGACUGAAUAGGAUAAUCUCGUCCUUAAAACCUCCAGUAUUACAAACAGGUACAGCAUAACAUGUGAGAUUAAACGUGCAAAUGAAGCAACAGCAAUUAUACAAAGUAAAAUACUUUUAACACUGCAAGUGAAACUCUAGCAACUGAAAUGAAGGGAAAAAAUGAGGAAACUGAGUGGAAGGGGUAAAUUAAAAAUCUGAAUGAGAUUGUUUGUAGUAUCUCCAGUUAAAAGUGUCUAGUAACGGAAUUACGUCUGAUAAUUAGUACUAUGCAUCGACAAGAUGACAUAUGUUCGUUAAUUUCCAUUAUUGCAGGUUGUUAAUCUUCCUUUCUUUGUCGAUUUUAUGUAAGACUUCAUGUUAUAGCUUGUAACUGUGGCCUUCUCGAAGCGCGCGGUCUGUAACAGUAGUCUCUUCCUUCCCUAAUUCUCCAUUUUCCAUGGUGUUCCUUCAAGCGUGUGGAUAUUGCCCCACCACACUAGCCUCGAUACAAUUUGCCACGAUUAUCAGUGGUUUUGUAUAUACCAUUCUUUUCCAAAGCCGAAGCGCUCUUUUCACCAUUUGGCAAAAAAAUUUGUGCACAUAAAAUAAUGUUCUGUGGUUCCUGGAUUUAAGCUUUGCGACCAGUUGAAGAGAGGCUGUUCGUAAAUGUGGAAUGAUGCACCAUUUAGUAAGGGUUUGAGGUGUUGGGUCAAGUAGAUAGUACUGAAGAGAAAACACUUCUUGUUUUUGUUUUUUCUGCAUUAUGGAGUUUGCUAAGGCAGGAGUGUAGCCAUUACUUAAUGGUAUUGUUUGUUUGUGUUUAACUCAGUUUGGAAGUUGUCUUCACUCCUAGCGAUGGAUAUUAGGCGAUGUAUCAUUGGAUGAUGGGUAGCAUGUUGGUGGGUCCUGGGUGUUGAGAAUUGAAAGGUAUAUGUCAGUGGUGGUAGUCUUUCUGUAAUUAUUGAAAGUAUGAACGUGAUCAUGUGUGUGUACACAUGAAGUCUGUGUACAAGAGUAUUUGCACCCGAUUGUCUCCACACUGUGGGCGUCUAUGAAAUCACGUGUGGCUGCAGCAAAGUUUAUACAGACGAAAUGGGAAGGACUAUUACAGGACGUAUUAAGGGACACGAGUGCCACACGCAGCUGAAAGAAAGUAUGAAAUCGGCGGUAGCGGGACAUCGCGAGAACUGUGGCCUUGACAUCGAUAACAAUAAAGUACAUGUGCUGGAUAAGGAAACCAAAAUAUAUAGAAGAAAAGUCCUACAAGCAAUUGAACUUUCGAAAAAUACAUGUAUCUUCAAUAGAGAGGACGGCUACAGUCUUCAGACAUCGUGGUUCUCCGCCAUCAGGGAUGUGAAUACGCGGACGCGCCAUGCGAGCAAUAGAAACAACGCCCAGGAAGCCACCUCUGCAGACAAUAAUAUUUUUGAUAAACAUUUCCCCUCUCAUGCUCUACCCAAUGAUAUGGGACCACCAACAGCAACAGGAGUUUUAAACAAUAACUCUUCUUCAGCAUACGGGAAAAAUUCUGUUUUAACCAGUGACGUUGGCCUUCCAAUGGCAGCCACAGAAGUUAUAUCCAACAACCGCCUUUCGGCAUUAGCACGGGAAAACUUCUCUUACUAUCCAAUGACGCUGGCCCGCCGGCGGUAGCCCAACACUUUAACCCAAUAAUCCCACUUCUCCAGCACAGGCGCGAGGAAACUUCGCUUUGUAAGAGGAGAGGACCCUGAUCUCUGACAGUGCUGAAUGUGCUGGGGAAGUAGAUCCCAAGAAAGGUUUAGAAACGCCGAUUGUUUGAAGAAAUAUAAUUCGGCCUAACAACCCAGAAGAUUUUAAAUUCAACGUUAUCUUGUUCGUGUAUCCCCACGAAACGAGUCACCAAAUUGUGCAAUAUGUUGUUCAUUUUCCACUAGAACAAUUGUUGUAAAUUGUCAUUUACUUCAUUAUUAAAUGUCACAUAAUUCAUCCAACCUUAUAUUUUAAAUCGCGUUUUUAACGAAAUAAUUGCUCCUGUAUUAGUCAAAAACUAUCGAUUGUCAUGCAUGAAACCAAAUGAGAUACGCUGCAGUUGUACUGUUUUAAAAUGUCUGCUCCCAGUAAAAUUUCACGGUCACACAUAUUUGUCUUUGUACCAGAUGAGACGUGAAAGAUGAAAACCGGUUUGUAAAAUAAUAAAUAUUGUAGAAAAUUACCUCAGGGUCGCGUGAUUUUUCUUUCACAAUGUAAAAGUAAUAAUAUUUGGCAUGGGAAGAUGUUGGGGAAGAUCAUGUACCGUUACUGUCUCCCGAAAGUGUGUGGAAAGUAACAUUUACUUGCAUGUGUAUUCGUCCAUCUUUGCAUUUUUUUGCUGUCAUCGCCAUGUGCAUCGUUUAAUGCCACAUAUACAAUACAAGGCGUUUCACAGGCUUGUGAUUGUAUAGGGGACUUAGCACGUAAAGUUGUGGUAAAGAACUCUUCUCAGGAGACGUACCGUUUGGAUAUAAAAUAAGGUAGAAAUUCUUCCAUUCCCUAUGUGGUACACAGCAAACCACUGCUUAACAGUAUUGGUUAAUGCAAACUUGGUUGCAAGUUUCGAUAUUAUGCUUACUACCUGAGCUCCCAUCUUACUCCUCUGUUACUCGCUCCUGUGAACGGGAACGCGUUAUGCAGAUCUCUCGCGUCCAUCUACAAAAGACAACCUGAAGAUGCCUAAAUAAGGUGAACGCGCCGUUGGAAAAAGAAAACCAAACUAAAACUGCAACCAAGGCUGUUUUUAACCAAUGCUAUAUAAAAUAAGUUUGAAGAUCAGAUCACUUUCAAAUCUCUCACUACACGGUACAGGCACAGAGCAGACAUUGAGCUCUGACCUUGUGUGUUCUACAGGAGCCCUUGGUAUGGGCAAUGUUUCGAGUACUCGUCAUCGGAUUCUCUUGACGCCCUCUUCAAACGCGAGAGUGCAGCGCGUCCGUCGAGCACUGCAGUCAGCAAUUAGUUGCGUUCUUCAAACUUACUUCAUAUCCGAAUGGUACACUUCCGGAUCAGUGUCCCUCAUACAAACUUAAUCUACUAAGUACCUUCCAUAACUCCUAGAAAUCUGUGAUGUGAAACACCCUGUGUAAGAAACAUUACUGGCAGGAAUCGCACCACUUUAAAUCCACCAAUGAUCGCGUCAGAUCCAACAUAACAUUAUUAACUGGUGGAUCACCAAGCUCUGAUAUACUAAAAGGACGAGAUAGGAACAGACCUUGUUAUGUUGUUGACUGUCGCACCCUCUUUAAAGGUAUUCGUUUACAUAGCAGAUUCGCAGGUACCUUACACGAGGAAAAGAAUCUACAGCAGUGCAGCAUCGCUCAAUUUGCUACCUCAGACGCUCGCAGCCAGUCUAUGUGGAAAGUUGUACUAACCAAACAGGUCGACGUUUGUCCACUCCGUCUUCAAAAUUCCCAUGUAAGUGACCUUAUCUCAUGUCUCUCCUUAAUCAGCUUGUGCUACACGCACGUAGAACUAAGAAAAGAAAUAUAAAUGCAACUAUACAGAGGAGGAAGUGACCAUCGUCCAGUGGUUACCCGCUGUUAAUAUUUCACAGCCACGCGCCCUGAUUCGAGAAAACAUGCGUGGUCUAUGUUUUCUCCAUCAACACAAGAGAGAAGAAAAAACGCCUUUUGUUCUCUCUCUGCAGUUUGUGAGACAAUUUACAAAAAUGAAUGGAAUUUAGUU